UCACGGGAGAUGCGUAAUAUGGCGGAGAAGAUGCGCAGGGACAAACUGAACCACUAUGUGAAUGAGCUGGCCACCAUUGUCCCUCUCGGCUCAGGCGCCAACAAGCGUAUUGACAAAACUUCCGUCCUAAGAUUGGCUGCCAACUUUAUACGCAUGCACAAAGUUCUCAAGGAAGAUGAUGAUGACUCAGGACGGGCACCACCUAUGUUGAGCAGCAGCGUCACCCACAGUCUAGCAGAAGCUGUGGGAGGAUUUCUGCUGGUGGUAACAUCAACAGGCAAAGUGGUAUACAUUGCCGAGGCAGUCGACCAGUUCUUUGGCCAUAGUCAGGUGGACUUAUUAGGACAAAGUAUCUAUAAUGUUAUUCAUCCUGAUGACCAUGAAAUCUUCCAGCAGCAGCUCAAUCCAAGAGAAAACAACCGGAGGUCCUUCUUUUGUCGUAUGAUGGAGAAAGCACUGACUCGUAAUGACCCCGGCCGCUAUGAAAUUAUUCACAUUGUUGGUCACCUACGACCAAUACCACAGAGUGCAGGCUUAAUGUCUUCUUCUUCUUGUGUAUUGGCACCAUCUCCAAGUGGGACAAACACCUCCAGUGAUCAUGAUGACGAUAAUGAGUCAGACGUAGAUGGAGACAAUCAGUCCUUAAAAUCCUCUACAAGCAGAAGUGGAACACACAUACUGGUCAGUUUUGUGCGUGUGGUAAAAGAUCGACCAAUCACAGAGCUUUCCCUCGUAGAGUCAACACAGGAAGAAUAUAUUACUAGACAUGGAAUGGACGCAAAAAUACUGUAUACAGAUCACAGAAUAUCUUUUGUGACAGGCUUGAUGCCAGCAGAGGUUGUAGGAACAUCGGCGUUUACCUAUAUGCAUCCCGAUGACAUGAUGUGGUCCAUUGUUGCCCAAAAGCUAAUGUUUACCAGCAGUCAAGGACAAGGAAUAGUAUCGUAUAGGCUUCGGUGUCGAGAUGGAUCUCACGUAACUCUACGAUCUAGAGGAUACCUUGAAGUGAAUAAGCAAACAGGACAAGUUGAGUCUUUUGUUUGCAUCAACACUGUUCUAAGUGUCAAAGAAGCUGAAAAUGAGAUUAAGAACCAGAGGAGGAAACUACUGCCCAUCAUAACCUCCCAGGAGUCUGAUGAUCAUCUCAGCUCCAUUUCAUCCUCGCUGCCACCUGAGCUGUUGAUGGUACUGAAACAAAUGAUGAACCCAGAAACUGUACAGAAAAUGAUUGAAUCUGUUAACUCUCUUGGAAAUGUAGAAAAUGAAAAUUCAGAUGUGAGGCUCACGCAAUCAGAUGAACCAAGUCCGCAAACUCCUAUCCAGAAAGACACUGUAAAUUCACCGAAUCAUCAUGAAGAAGGAUGCAAUGAAGUCAAUCCAUUCCAGAGUAGACCAAAGAGAUUUUGUAGUUUUGAUGCAUUUAGCUCUCCACCUGAAGGUUUUGAUGAUCAGUCUCCUGGGUUAAAAGGACAUAGAGUCAAGACUGUAGAUGAAGACCCCUGGUACAAUCCAUCAAACAAGCGGACAUUAGUGGAUGACAUGAGCUCUGUUUCAACCAAAAAGUUCAAUUUAGAGCGAGAACCUAUUCAAUUUCACACCUGUCCAACCCAACAGUACAGCUCACUCAGCUCUACUCAGUUGUGUUCCUCCACAUCACCUUUGCACACAGACAAUGGACUUUACUCCUCAAGUCCUGGGCAACAGUAUGGCAGUGGUAACCUCAUCCACCCUGAAAGUCCUCAACAAUGUGGUACUGCUAAUUAUCAACAAAGCAAAAAUAAUCAGUUGUCACCUGCAGUGACUUACGAACCUCCUGGAACUCAGACUUAUCAAAAAAGUUGGGAUAUACAAUUUUCUGAAAACUGUAACCAAAAUAAUAAUGGGUGUUUACCUUUACAAAAAUCUUACAACCAUAAUAUAAGAGGGGGUGUGAUAUCACCAGGAACCCUGAGCCAGAAUGUAAGUCCAGGUAUACCUUCACCUGGGAAUAAUGGCCAAAGUGUGAGUGGGGGAAGGAAUCCUUCCAGUCACUUUGAGCAAGGAAGAAGUGCAGCUAUAUUCUCCUCUAACAACCACGAACAAGUUAGAAGUGGUAGCAUACCUUCUCUAGACAGCAAAAUCCAAAACAGUGAUGGGAGAGGGAUAUCCUCUCUGGGCAAUUAUUCACUAACGAGUAGUACCUUACUCCCAACGGGCAACUAUGAACAGAAUAGAAUAAACCAUAACAAAAAUUUAGGCAGCCACCAGCAGAGUGAAAGUGAUAUUACAAACCCUCCAAGCAGUCAUCAAAAGUAUAGAAGUAGCAUGAUCUUGCCUCCAUGUAACUAUCAACCACUGGGGAAUGACAGCAUAACCCAUUCAAAGGACCAUUCCCCCACAUUUCCUCAAAGUCAGUUCCUCCCUCAGUAUUCUCAGAAUCUUAGAGUGCAAACCAGUCAAGAGCCACACCAACAGUAUCAUCAUCAACAGCAGCAGCCUGUACCAGAACAUUUUCAAACCUCUACUAAUUUGAGACAUGAUCUCAAGUUUUCAUCAACUCCAGAAUUUGAUAUCAAGAUGCAGAGACAACAGGUUCUGCAGCAAAAAUCACACAAUCUCCAUGCUGUCCAUGAUGUUGGUGAGCCAACAAUCAACCAUAUAGUUUCCCAAGUUAACCCAAGCCAGUGUCUUCCCUAUGGUACAACAGUUGUUUCAGGAGGCAAAGAAGUGGGAUAUAAAUAUGCUGUGACAUCAGGGUCCCCCGAGAGUGGUUUGUCUGUACAAUGUAGUGCCAACUUCCAGUUAAAUACAGCACUUCCAGCCUCAGGUAUAUCAACCCUGCCUGAAUCAUCAGCAAGUCAGUGUCAACAAGCUUGUGAAAGCCAAUUACAUGGGCAUUUAAUCACUAAUGACAUAAGUGAGCAGGUCUUCUCCAGCAGACAAGUUCAACACUGUCAACCUCACAGUAAGGAAGGAGGUAAGCUUGUAUGAUGAUUGGAUCUCCGAGAACCAAUCUUUGUGUAAUAUUAAAAGACUCUCACCUCGUGAACCAAUAAAGCUGAUACCACCGGUGAAGAUUAACCUCAUCACCAAAGGUUUUGUAAAGUAUUAAUUCUAAGAAAUUAUUUUGCUUAAACUAAAGCAUAUUUGUAUAUCAUGGGCCAUGAAAUAUUUCCAUGUAAAAUAGUUUUUCCCCUAUUAAUGGUGUACACAUAGUUAAUAUAAUUUGUUAAUUGACAAACAUCAGACAUUAUGUUUUGGUCAAUUUUAUGCAAUAAUUUAGUUCUUUACAUAGAUUUGUUGUUAGUUGGAAUAUAUUUUUAAUGCAGAAAUAGUGAAGAACAAUGGCAUCUCAUUUCUAAAAAAACAACAGCUAUACUGUAGUUGUAACCCUUUGUUCAUGUCUAACACAUAGUGCUGAGGAUUGUUGAAAUGCUCUUGUAAUUUAAUCUUAAUUCAUUGUUGAAAAUAGUCAUUCCAUAAUUUUCAGAUGAAAGUUUGCAAAACUGAGGCCACAUAUUACUGUAAAACAUUCCUAAAUAAUCGGAUAUACAUUGAAUACCAAGUAUACAGUAUAUAUGUACAGUAUACAAAAGUCAUUCUUUUUAGAUUUAAAUUUCUGACAUCUUUAGCUUACAAUAGCUCAAUCUAGCACAUUUUAUUUACAGUACUGUAUAUAUUCAUAUGAAAGGCAUUACCCUUGAUUUCUUAAGAUGAUGUAGUUUAUGCUGCUCAUGGAAGUAGUUUCAACAGUAAUAACAUGAAAAAGACAACGAUAUACUGUAAAGUGUAGCUCAAUAAAAAUUUUAUUUAUUUUUAUGGCUGAGACAGUCUUACUUUUGCACCAACUUACGGCAUAGUCUUGUCCAGCGUGGGUAUCACAUUCUUUAAUAAUACUUUGUUAAGCAAAUUCGCUUUGGGGAAACCUAAUACCUUGUGGGGAAAAUGGGGAUAAGGAAUGUUGAACAAAAUAUUCUUACCUAACCUCAAGAAUGAAUAUGUACUGUAUUGUACAUGUACUGCAUAUUUAUACAUAUGCACGAAUAUGAAUUAAAAAAAAAGCACUUACUAAUGUGUACAUGUACAGUAUGUAGCUGCUGAAAUAAACUGAUAUAAUGUACAGCAGGUUGCACCCACCAAUGAAGAAAGAACCUUCAUUACUGAUAAUUUGUUCAUAUAAGUUAAGUGCUUUUUUCCAUGUGGUUACUCCAUCAACAGCAGAGUCUAUAUAUUGUUUAUUUGGUCAUUGAUCCACACUUUUAAUAUUUUUAUUUAUUUUUUUCAAUAUAGGGAAGCUUUACACAGUAGGGCACAUGGCUGACUCAUCUAUCCUGUAAUGUUGACAAAGGGAGGCUGAAGUGUGACCCUCAUGUGGCUUGUCCAAAAUCACGUUGCUGCAUCACCACCAGCAGACUGUUAACAGUUAUGUGGCAUCCUGUAGUUAACAAUUUCGCAAAUUUGUCCAUUACCUCCAAGGUGUAUCCAAUGUGGCAAGCUGUUGCUUAGCUGCAAGCUAUUUUGCAAGCAUCCCACUUGUGAGCAGUUAUUUUCAUUAAAAAAUUAUUCUUUUUAUACAUGAACUUGUUUGUAAAUGAUCAUUCAAUAAUAUUAUUAUUAUUAUUAUUAUUAUUAUUAUUAUUAUUAUUAUUAUUAUUAUUAUUAUUAUUAUUAUUAUCAAUUCAGACAGAGAGAGGACAUAUUACAUCACUAAUUAUUAUGAAGGCCAUGACAAUUAUAUUGUCAUUGGUUAGCAAGCAUAACUUUUUGCAUUGACAAUAGGAUCAUCAUCGGUUCACAAGAGUGUUAAAGGUACACAGAAAAUGCAGAGUUAAAAAAAUUUAGAAAAAUUACCAAAAGUCAAGUGAUUUCUUAUGCUCCUCAGCAUUGUCCACAAAAUGAGUUGCUAGCAAGGCAAGGGACCACUGCCUCAGAGGUGAGUAGUGGCAACUGUAUGGCAGGAGCUACAGAUCAGUCAAGCUAACCUGGAUAUAAUUCAGAUUGAUUAGUGUUUUGAGAAAUAACUACUGUAAUCACAUUUACAGUCGACCCUCGUUAAUUCGGACUAAUAGGGGGGGGAAGGGUGUCCGUUUUAGCCGAUUGUCCGAA